GUAGCACUCCACUCAAAAUCAAUCCGUCCGUCUGCUUUAUACGACAUCAUCUUCUUUCCAUAUUUUAUAGUAGUAUUUAUAUGUAUGUGCAUUGAUUUGGAGAAUAACCCAAUUACAUCCAUCUUCCACAUUUAUGAAUUUGAAAUGGGGAAUUGCUUGUUUGGAGGAGCAUUAGGACCCGUAGACGUAACCGCCAUCGGAGAUGAUGGCUGCGACGGCAACGGCAACGGCGCGGCGGUUAUCAAAGUGGUAACCACAAACGGUGGGAUCAUGGAGUUCACUUCCCCAAUCACCGUGGAAUUCAUCACCGACGAAUUCCCCGGCCACGGAAUCUUCCCGAGCCGGAAUUCCGACCAAGAAAAUCUGUUGAUGAUGGUCAGCUGUUGGUAUUAUUAUUACAAGCAGCCUUUGCCUCGGAAUCAGUUACUUGAAGCCGGAGAGUCUUACUAUCUUCUCCCUCUUGGUUACGGUGACAAAAAUGGCCGUAAUAUUGCUACGUGUCCUAAAGCUAUUGGUGGACAUUCUAGGUCAAACAGUACUGCCAGUCCAGUUUCUGAAUCUCAAGUUGUUGAUCAUCGUCAUCAUCACGCGCCGUACAGGAUGUCGUUCGAUAGCCGGGGAAUUUGGAAGAGAUCACAAACGCAGGAAUUCUCUCCACGCGCCAGAAGUGCAAGUAAGAAUAAAUGUGGUAGUAGCAAUGGGUUUUGGAAAGUGAAGUUGGUUAUUAGUCCAGAACAGUUGCUGGAGAUUUUGUCACAGGAGGCUCGGACGCAGGAGUUGAUUGAGAGUGUUCGAACCGUGGCUAAAUCCAGGAGGAAUAACACUGCAGGUGGCGGCGGCGGCAGCAGUGGCGGAGUAUCUCCGAUUAUGUUUUCCGGUACUCUCUCCGGCACCGGUAGCAAUGAGAGCAGCAGAAGACAUCUUUCCUACUCCUCCAACAAAGAUGACACACUGAUAGACUUCUUCUGAGUUGAUUUAAGGAUUCAAAUGUUCCAUCAAUCCCCUCUCUUAUAUUUUCUAAUUUAUUAUGCUUUUGAAAUGUGCACCACUCUUCUCCUAUUAUCUAGC